CUAUUUUCUAUCUGUGUGAGAUCAGAUAUACUUAAUUUCCAAGAAAUAAAACUGGGUUUCCCGUCAAGAUGUCGUCUCAGAGCGAUCUUGCCUUGGAUCAUUCCAAAUUUGCCUCAAGCAGCAUACCUGCAGAGACCAAGAAGAUCAAUGCCAUGCUAGAAGCAAUCAGCAGUAAAGGCCCUCAUUGGAACCAAAUAGGAUCAGAAAAGUAUCAGCAGAUGCGCGAGGCGGGCGAAACCCCAUUGCCUCCACCCAUCUACCUUCCUGAAGCGCAAGAGGUCACUAUACCCUCCCGAGACCCAGGCCGCACGAUCCCUCUACGCGUCUACAAGCCUGAUGAUGGUCAACCAAGCCGUGGCAUCUUCCUCCACUUCCACGGCGGUGGAUUCGUCCUCGGAAACCAUCAAUCUCAAGACCGCACCUUAAAGCUCUACGCCAACUCCUGCCAUCUGACAGCCAUCAGCGUCGGCUACCGGCACGCACCCUCCAUCCCCUACCCUGGUCCUAUCCAUGAUUGCAUCGAUGCGGCGGAGUACCUCGUCGACCACGCCUCCACGGACUACGGUGUCCCCCUUAUCUUCAUGGGCGGCGAGUCUGCAGGUGCAUGCGCCGCAGUGCUUUCCGCUUUCCACCUCAUCCGCUCGCGAUCUGCACAUGAGCUUGCCGGACUUAUCCUGCCAUACGGCUGGUUCGACAUGUCUCUCUCACUCCCCUCAAUCGCGACCUGCACUACCACAAAGCCUCGCGUCAUUAAUCUCGCGGAGAUGAGGAAGUUUAGAGAUGCAUAUUUGCCGGGGGCAGGGAAGGGGGAGAUGAGGGAGGCGAAGGUGUCACCUUUGUUUGAGGACUUUAGCCUAGGGAAGUUGCCGCCGGCGUUGUUUCUGGUGGGCAGUGAGGAUCCGCUGGUAGAUGAUACGUUGUUGAUGGGUUUGAAGUGGAUGGCUGCGGGCGCGGAGGCGGUGGUGAGGGUGUGGCCGGGGUGUCCGCAUGGGUUUACUGCGUUUCCUGGUUUCAAGCCAGCAGAGGAGGCGGCGGAGAUGGUGGUUGGAUUCUUGAAGGGGAAGUUGGAGGCUUUCAAGUGUCUUUAGCCCGGUAGAGUAGC